GCCCCCCUCGCUCGGGCCCCGGCCCCGCUCCGCGCGCUCUUCACUUCUUGGGGGCUUUUUAAAACAGCGCCACUGGGGUCUUCUCCAUGCGGCUCGUGCUAUGACAGCCUCCGUGCUCCUCCACCCCCGCUGGAUCGAGCCCACCGUCAUGUUUCUCUACGACAACGGCGGCGGCCUGGUGGCCGACGAGCUCAACAAGAACAUGGAAGGGGCGGCGGCGGCGGCGGCCGCGGCGGCCGCGGCGGCGGCGGCCGGGGCCGGGGGCGGGGGCUUCCCCCACCCGGCGGCGGCGGCCGCGGGGGGCAACUUCUCCGUGGCGGCGGCGGCCGCGGCAGCCGCGGCGGCCGCGGCCAACCAGUGCCGCAACCUGAUGGCUCACCCGGCGCCCCUGGCACCCGGCGCCGCGGCCGCCUACAGCAGCGCGCCGGGGGAGGCGCCCCCGUCGGCCGCCGCCGCCGCUGCCGCCGCCGCCGCCGCUGCAGCGGCGGCGGCGGCGGCGUCGUCCUCGGGAGGGCCGGGCCCGGCGGGCCCAGCGGGCGCCGAGGCCGCCAAGCAGUGCAGUCCCUGCUCCGCGGCGGCGCAGAGCUCGUCGGGGCCCGCAGCGCUGCCCUACGGCUAUUUCGGCAGCGGCUACUACCCUUGCGCCCGCAUGGGCCCGCACCCCAACGCCAUCAAGUCGUGCGCGCAGCCCGCCUCGGCCGCCGCCGCCGCCGCCUUCGCGGACAAGUACAUGGACACCGCCGGCCCCGCGGCCGAGGAGUUCAGCUCCCGCGCAAAGGAGUUCGCCUUCUACCACCAGGGCUACGCACCCGGGCCUUACCACCACCAUCAACCCGUGCCUGGCUACCUGGAUAUGCCGGUGGUGCCGGGCCUCGGGGGCCCUGGCGAGUCGCGCCACGAGCCCCUGGGUCUUCCCAUGGAAAGCUACCAGCCCUGGGCGCUGCCCAACGGCUGGAACGGCCAAAUGUACUGCCCCAAAGAGCAGGCGCAGCCUCCCCACCUCUGGAAGUCCACUCUGCCCGACGUGGUCUCUCAUCCCUCAGAUGCCAGCUCCUACAGACGGGGGAGAAAGAAGCGCGUCCCUUACACCAAGGUGCAAUUAAAAGAACUCGAACGGGAAUACGCUACAAACAAAUUCAUUACCAAGGACAAACGGAGGCGGAUAUCAGCCACGACGAAUCUCUCCGAGCGGCAGGUUACAAUCUGGUUCCAGAACAGAAGGGUCAAAGAGAAAAAAGUUAUCAACAAACUGAAGACCACUAGUUAGUGGAUGAAAAGUGGAGUUAGAGGGCAGCUUGAAGAAAUUCUUCAGAACUUGUUGCUUUGCCCAGAUAAUGAUUAUAAUGCUGAUAAUAACUGAAGAAUGAGAAAGAGAAAGAGACACUGGCAUUUCGCUUUCCUGAGGGGGAAUCUCUUUCUCCAGUGGAAUCUACAAUUUUUUUUAAAAAAACUUUUCUCUAAGAAAUGGUAAAGACUGCCCAUUCUCCCGCCAGCCCCACCAGACCGUUAAGUGACAAACUCUAGAGUCAAACGUCAACCCCCAAAUACGCAAUUUCAGAUAAGUUACGCAUUUACUGAAAUCUUGUAAGUAUUUAUGUGGCCGUUAUAUUUUAGGACACUAGGUUAUGUGAUAAUAAUCGAACGUUGGUUACAAAUGCAAGAGGCCGUUGUAAACAUCUGUUUGUCCUUGGGUCACCAUUGCCAUCGCCUUUGCAUGUUAAGUGACUGCUCAGGUAAAUCUUAGUGAAGUUCCUGCCCUUGUUGUAUAUUCUGCAAAACAUGUCAUGAGUAGAUUUAGAAAGGAAAGGAGAAGAAGGUACUGAAAUAAGAAUCUUGGACUAUCUGGUAUGAAGGGAGAAAGGGAGAGAAAGCUCUUCCGAGGAUCGUCUGUCUUGGUGGUAAAUACAACCAGCUGAGUGAGCCUUUGAGGCUACAGGGGAACCCAGGUUGGGAAUGUCCUUCUGUUUAAAAAAAAAAAAAUUAACUGCUUAUAACAAGCAUUCUUCUUGUGGCAUUUGGACAAUAUUUUCCACCCUGAAAUAAUUUGUUUUACAAAGAAUUUGAUAUCCUUUUAAAACUACUUAAGGUGUCAGAUAAUUCACAGAAUUCACUCCAUGUCAGAUCUCCUGAGAGGUCCCACCCCAGCAUGGUGGCCUUUGCUUUGGACAAAAUUAGUUUUUCAUUUAAAUCGGUAUUUCCCAAUAUUUACUAAGUAUUUUGCCAGAAAAAUAACUUUCCUUUUUUUUUAAAUUUUUUUUGGAAAACUCAGAAGGGGGAAAUCCAUUACCCUGAAACAUUUAGAUGUUUACAUUCUCCAUGUUGAUCUGUUAAGGGAUUCGUAUUUUUUCCUUGUGAUUGUGUUCUGAGACUGCAUUAGAAAGUGUAGGGAUUCAUCUUCACAGCACGUCUUUAAUCAAGCAGUUAUGUCAACCAGCACAUUCAUUUUGUUCGUAUUCACUAUAACAUGCUAUCUUGUAAAUAAAGACAUUCGGCACACUGUGAAAAUGUAUUUGUGCACCUGCUUUUCAAAUAUUUUGACUAAAAAUAAUAAUUAAAAAACCUUAGACCUGUAGAUAGUUGAUAUGGUGGUAUUAAUUAUGUUAAUGAAGUAGUCACUGCCAUUAAAAUCUGAAGAAAAUACUCAUUAUUUUCCUAUGCUAGACGUGCCCUGCACAGAAAGAAAAGGAGCGGGUUUGUCCUGUACAAACCCAGGACCAUUCUUUUCUAUUAGUAUUCAGCUUUUUUUUUUUUUUUUUUUUGGCUGCAAAAAUUUUUUUAAGCAAAGAGAGGAAUCCUUCAUAACCAAAAUCCUAAAAAUUUAGACAAGUGCUGCAAGAAGGUUAAAGUGUCAGGUAUUCUGAAAAGGAGAGAAAAGAAAGGAGGAAGAGAUAGUAAAAAUUCCCAGGCUCCCUGUGGAAAAUGAAAACCAGUUGUUUAGUAUCCGCAGUGCCCAGGCUAUCGUAUUUUAAAAUCUACUGUCGGGUCUGCAUGUGUCUGAGAGGGCAGGUUUGGAUAUUUGUUGAAAUGACAGGACUAGGAAAGGCCUUAAACCUUGACCUUGAUGAAAAAAGACAAUUUGUGACCUUGACUUUUGACAGCUCAUGAAUUGGCCUCGGCUGGAUUAGUAGAUCAAGGGCGCCACCUCGCGUUGACAAGCUUCCUUGUAAUUCUUCAGCUUCAAGGGAAUCAGAAGGUCUUACCUCCUUGACUCCUUGUUUUAGAGAUUUAGUACUCAUUUCUUUGGCUCCAGAUGGAGCAGUUUUGAAUAUAUGUAAGUUAUACAUGUGCCUGUAUAUAUGUGAAUAUAUAUCAUAUGUGUAUACAUGUAUACAUUUGCCUCUCAGUGCUGUGUGUGCUUGUAUAUAUGUUGUCGAGUCUGUACAGAUAUGGUGUCAUUAAUUACUGAUACCCCAGGAUGAUGUAAUUUAAGGUGAUUGCGAGAGGUGAGGUACCAAAUGUACCUUACAUGCCGAAGUCUUGCUCCUUUUCUUUAAUGGCCAAGUUUGACUUGUAUCCACAGUGACUCUCUCUGCAUCCGAUUUCUGCAGAUCUGCUUUCAGGCUGUACAUUUCUGUUUACAGUCUAAGAGGUGUUCUUAAAUAACCAUUCUUUCUUGGCCCUAACCCUCCAAGGUGGUCUACCAUCCUAAUUAGAACUAUGAGGAAAUCUAUACGGCAAAUAAAGUCUCAGAUGCCUUGCUAACUCUAGAGCUCUAGAGUUACAUUUCAAAAAUUCAAAGAAACUCACCUCUUAAGAGGUCAGUAUGGAGAGCUUAAAUAUCUCAUAUCUGCAAAAUAAAUGACCAUAAUAUGAAUGCAGAAGGAGAGUUAUCCUGGAGAGCUCAGAGUCGAAUGCUGCGCCUAGGUGGUGUGCAAUCUUACACUGAUGCUUUCUAAGCUGCCAUUUGAUUUAUAGAAGGAAUACAUACCUUUAACGUUAACAACCACCAUCAAAACUGUAAUAAUAACAACAAUCAUAGCUACUACUUAUUGAGCCCUAACAACACAUCAGGUGCUGUGUUUAGACACAUAACUAACACAAAUGUAUGUGUAUGGAUUUCGUAUACACGGAAAGUGAUGUGUUUUUGUCCGAAACACAUGUGUAUUGAAAUGUUGGUGGAACCAGGAGCCUUAGGAUGCAGAACUUUGAGAUGGGAUUAAUUUAAUUGUCAUGUUAGAGGAAGGUAAUUGUGAACUGAAUAACCGUAUUCAUCAUUUUAUGGAAAACAAUAUCGGUCAGUUACAAACCUGGCUGAUGGAAACCUCUCCAACCUGAAGACUCACAGCUCCUUCGCAGAUGGAAAAUUAGAGAAAGAAUCUCUAAAGCUGUCUCAAAAACAGCAUGGCCUUGAAACAUACACAUGGAAUGGUCUUGUGAAGUGCAAUCAAAUUUUGCUGCCCUGAGGAUUUUCACUCCACUUGUGGAAACAAAUGAAAAUGAUGCUUCAGAUGAACCGCCCCACAUCUUGUUCCACAGCGCUCCAUUUCUAAAUGAGCUGCCAUCAAGCCAGAGUAGCAACUUUCUCCCAAAAUGUUUAAAGUGGUGGAAAAUCCCCUCAAAGCUGGAUCAAACUGUGUGUUUACGAACAGCUCCAAAGGGGACUCUUCUGUUGACGGGGGGAUAUUUUUCUUUACAUGUAAGAAAUAUCCUGAGCCUCAGGCCUAGGAAGGAGGCCAACAGCAGCUCUGCGGCAGGAAUACCAGCCCUUUCAGAAGCCAUCACCACUGCAGGAACUCUGGGUAAAGUAGUAGUUUUUUUUUCCCCCCCUCCCUCCAGUUUUGAAACUAAUGACCACAGAUAUUUCAGAGCAUUCUCCCUCCCAUUCUAAAAUAGUUGUUGAUAAUGUCGAUCUUACAUCUUCCUUAAAAUUCCCAUGGAUCUACCAGAUAACCUGAAGUAAGCAGGAAUUGUGAUGGCCCCCUAAAACCCAAAUAGCAAUUAGUCUAAUCUUAAAAAAAAAAAAAAAAAAAAAAAAAAAAAAAAAAAAAA